GAUACAAACACGGUUUCAUUCACGAAAUACGGACAAUGAAGUUUACGCAAGUAGAGUAGCUGGAUGUGAGUCAUCGGCCAUUCUCGUACUUUUCCGUAGCGAAAAGAAACAAAUUCACAUGAACCAAUCAUCAUCCAAUAUUGACAUCAAACCAUCCAAUGAAAACGCUGUAAGCAUACCUCGUGGUCUUUUCCAACAUGGCGGAUUUGGAAUUUUACCAAGAUGAUACAGACGAAAACAGUGAAGAUGGAUAUGGCAUUGACAAUGAAGUUGAAGACCUCACCCCUUUGCAGAGGCUUGAAAAAUAUCUUGAUAGUGACAACAUAUUUAACAGGCAAAUGCUUGCAAGAGGACUCCUGGAUACAUUGCGGGCAGUUUAUGAGUCUGAAGACAAUUGCUUUGCUGUUAUGGAUGCCAUGUCCAAGCUCUCAGAGGACCCAGAACCAUCUGUCCGCUCCGAGUUGAUGGAGCAGGUUCCACAUAUAGCUGUGUACUGCCAAGAGAACAAGGAUGCAUUCAUAAAUGCUGUACCUCAAUACAUUCUUCCCAUGGUAGUCCGGUACCUCAAUGAUGCAAAUAGCCAGGUGAGGAAAACCAGUCAAGCAGCACUGUUGGUCCUGCUAGAACAAGAACUGGCAGAGAAAUCAGACAUCGAGCAGCAAGUUAUUCAGGUCAUUCUGGAACUUGCUUCCCCAGAGAGCCUGGAUGAAUGUCGCUCAGAGGCGGCUGCUCUAAUGAGUAAAAUGGCUCCAUUGCUGGGGAAAGACAUCACUGAAAGAUUAUUCUUACCUAGGUUCAGUGAGAUGUGCACUGAUCCAUUGUUUCAUGUUCGAAAGGUGUGUGCAGCCAACUUUGGAGAAGUUGCUAGUGUUGUGGGUGCUAGAAAUUGUGAAGAGUACUUGCUUCCGAAAUUCUACUACUUGUGUGAAGAUGGAGUCUGGGGUGUCCGAAAAGCAUGUGCAGAAUGUUUCAUGACUGUGUCAUGUGCUUGUUCACUGGAGGUCAGAAGGAACAAGCUUGCAAAUUUGUUUGUCAACCUCCUUUGUGACCAGUCUCGAUGGGUGCGGAUGUCAGCCUUUCAACAACUCGGUCCUUUUAUAUCAACUUUUGCCGAUGUUGAGAGAACAGGCAUGUGUGUGAAUGAGGAUGGAAAUUUGAGCUUUAAAAGCUUAGAAAGUUUUGGUGACGACGAGGUGAUAGAACACCACCCUGGCGAGCCUAGUCUGUCAGAUGGGGAUGAUGUGAAAGAAGACUUUGGUGGCGUGUUACAGUUGAAGCCUCUAGAUCCCCUGGGAACGCCCACAGAAUCCUCUACAGACGAGCCUGGCCCAGAGGUUCCAGGAUCAAGUGCGGGGAGUGAGAUAUUAGAAGAGGACAUGGAUAUUGACAGCAUUAGUGCAGGUGAUGAAGAUCAAAACAAGGCUGUCGAGCUGAAUGCUGCUGAUGAGCGGCUUGUUUUCAGUAUAGAAGACAAAUCAGCGGAGGAGCUGCGAGCGGAGAACUUGUCUGUACAAUGUAAUGUAGAUAGUAGUGUUGAUUCCCCCGACGUUGCUCAAUUUCCAGUCUGUGAUACAAACAGUAGCAGUAGUUCUAGUAAUAUUGAGAGUGAGACUCGUAGACAAGAUGUUGCUAGUCUAGAGAAUGUUACAUCGGUGGGCAGUGAGCUGCCAGAAGGCUCCUCGGCUGCCCCUGGUGGUGGUUCUGUGCUUCCAGAGAAUUCCAGUGAUAACGAGAGCCCUGUCGACCUGGCAGGUGCCGGUGACUCAGGUCAAAGUGAUACCAAAUUCAAUGUGCCUUCAGCUGGGGGGGCUAAGGUGGAAGGAGCUGGGUCAGAUUCUGACAAUGUGUUUAUGGAUAACGCUUCUGACGGCCAGGGUGCCUCUGUCACGGCCGAGGGCAACAGUGAAGAUCCAUCAGCCUCAGGCAAAGUCCACGUUCACCUGGACAAUAACUUCAAUACUUUCCAGUAUUGGAGGUCUCCUCUGCCAGAGGUCAACAUUGACUUUGACAUCAUCAAUGGGCAGCCCACCAAUAUUCAUGUGGUGGCAAAAGUCAAAGACGAGGAUACCAAAAAGGUGUACGCUUCAGAGAUGAAUGUGAACAUUUCCAGUGGUGGUGCCAGGUCCCAUUCAAACUCUUUCACGGAUUCCCUGUCUGGGUUUGCCCUGGGUGACUCAAUGUCAUCUUCGUCCUCCUCUUCAUCUGCCUUAUCACUUGUUCAGUCAGAAGUGGAAAAGUCUGGGGUUCGUAUCCACACGGCCAGUGUGAGCACCGUGAGUGAUGCUCCGGAUGAGAUGGUGUCCCACAUUGGGAGCACGCACGUGUUGGGGCAGCAUCUAGGACAGCAACAUCUGGCUAUCGUGGACGGAGUUGUCCAAGAUAUGAGCGGUUUGGGCUUAGGGUUUCCAGAAGACAUGCCUUUGAGUCUGGAAUUUGUCCAGGACGAUGCCACAUUGGCUCAACAACAGAAUAUUGUACCUCAGCUGCUACUUGAGAACUAUUUAGGCAUGGUGGACCCUUCACGAGCCCAGACAGUUGAUGGAGAAAUUACCAGACAUUGUGCCUACAAUUUGCCAGCAGUGGCCUAUACCUUGGGCAGACAAAAUUGGCACUGCAUCAAGAACUUGUAUGAGACACUGGCGCAGGAUAUGCAGUGGAAAGUACGCCGAACACUUGCUUUCUCUAUGCACCAACUGGCUAUGAUUGUGGGAGAUGAGAUUACCCACAAGGAUUUGGUACCUGUGUUUGAUGGUUUCUUGAAAGACUUGGAUGAAGUCAGGAUAGGGGUCCUCAAGCAUUUGGCAGACAUCUUCAGGCUCUUGAGGCCUGAAGUACGUCUCCAGUACCUGACACGUGUGCAAGACUUCAUGAAAACGGACAACACGAGAAACUGGCGCUUUAGAGAGGAACUAGCAGAACAAUUGGUUCACGUAUGCAACUUCUUCCACUGCAUCGAUGUUUGCCGUGACAUUGUUCCAGUUUCCAUGAUUCUGUGUAGUGACAAAGUGGCUCAAGUGCGAUUUGUUGCUCUUAGACUGCUCAGUGCCAUUCUUCACAAGACACAUGAGGAUGAAGAGAAGAAACUGCUAGCAUCCAUAUGUAACAAUAUUAUCCAGGAAUUUGCUACAGGCUGCCGGUGGCUGGCAAGGCAAACGUUUGCUCAGCUGUGUUAUGUGAUUCUGGAGGAGAACAGCCUCCCACCCGAUGUGUUUGCUCGCAAUUUCUUACCUAGUCUACUUCACCUGGGCACAGACCCAGUGCCCAAUGUCCGGCUGUCUCUUUCCAAAGUCAUGGCUUUGAGGAUAAUGCCUCUUGAUUAUUUUACGACCCAGCAAAACCCAUACCACGAGGACCUGGUUCACACACAGCAGAGGCUGCAGACAGAUGUGGACAAGGAUGUACGCUACUUUUCCUCUCUGCAGCCAGGCUCCGACAUUUCUCAUGACCACGAUAUGGUAAGAGUGGCCGAAGACAUUGUCUAAAGGGUGCCACCUUUCCGGAAUUUUCGAGUUAUUAUAGAACGUCAUUUUUUUUGCAAAUAUAUGCGAUGUAGCACUUGAGCGCAUCUACUUGGGAGUCCCAGAACCGAUCCCUUUGGGGUAGCUUAGGUUAAUAUAAAUAUGUUCUUAUCAUGUGUGGCAAUGAAUCUUAGGUUUGCUGAAUUAUUUUACUAGAUACUUGUAUUUUGUACUUCAAUAUCCCUUUAGUACUAACAUCAGCAUUAAAUUCUAAUGCUUUAUCUCUGCUCUGCAUUCUAAAAUAUUUUGUUGAUCAGUUUGUUACAGCUUAAAAUACUGUUGGCAUUUCUUAAUUAAAACAGGGCAGUGAUUCUAUACGAAAAAAAAUAAUCUUUUAAGUAUGGGAUACGAGGUUUCUCACUUUGCCCUGGUGCUUUGUCUUGAGAUCUAUUUUUUUUUUCUCUCUGAUCCUUUUCCCAGGUACCUGUUUGAGGCAACCUUCCACACUGAUGCUGUAUACACUUACUAAUGCAUGCUCUCUUCCUGAUUUGUGCUGCACUGUGUGAUAUCUUCUUUCCACUCCAGUCCCUAUCCCUUUUGAGAUAUGUGUUGAUGCACAGUGUGUUUGCCUUCACAUUAUAUGGCUGUGCCCCCCACUCACCCCCUUCCAACCCCAAAAGAACCACAUUGUCUCGGCAUGGGUACAUUUCUAUAUAUCUGUUCUGCAGUGCUUAUGUAAUCAAGAGCUAUCUAGGAAAGAUUCCAACAAUGGUUUUUGUGCACAUGCACAAAGGUAACGGGUGUUUCUGUUUAGUGGUACCUCUCUUAGCAAUAUGUUCUUUGUUCUUCAGAAGCAAUACUGUUUUGGACAAUACUGGUUCUAAUGGCUAUUUGCUUGAUAUAAUGUGAAGUAUUUAGAUUGAAAGCUACAAUAAAUGUGUACAGUAAUAAUUUUGUCUUGAGAAAGAACGUAAUUUGUACAGUGGUUCUUUUGUCUGGUUAGGACAUAAUUUGUACAGCAUUUCCUAUCUGGUUGUUAGCAAAAUGUUUGGGUUUUUACCUAACUUUUAUCUGAGUUUCCCAUGUACCAGACAUGGCAUUUCCCACUUUAAAUUUUUUGAAAGAUUAUUUUUUUUUAUAAACGUGAAAGUGGGUCACUAACUUAUUAUUUUUUUUCUUCCAAAAAGAACUGACAAAGCUUCUAGUUUACAGCUGAAUUUGUAUUUUACAUUGAUAACCAGUAUGCCUGAAUUUUGCUAAUUUGUGGGCAAAUGGUGGCACUGAUUAAAGGAAUAGUUGAAUGUUUUUGGGUUUUUUUCCUCCCCUCUGAAGUACACUUAGCAUAAACCAGAGGUAUAAUUAUAUGCACAGAAAAUUGUCUUUGUUUCUUUCCCGCGGUCAGACUUUUCAUUCACCAAGCUAACAUUUAUCGGAUUCUGCUGUGGUUUGAAUUGUUUGGGGUUGUUUUGUUUUUUAGUGUGUUCUUAUUUGUUUGGAUGAGUCCAGAAGGGCGAGUUCAAAAAAGGUUAUGCAAUUUAUUGACAUUAUUUGUUGCAAAGAAUGCAGAUGUUUCCCUCUAGGCAUAAUGAAAGACAGUAUCGGGUAUCACUUGUGGAAAGCGUAAUGUGCAUGUAACUUGAGGAUCAUGCAUUAUUGCUAUUAUAAUUAGGGCAGCUUUCCAGUGGGUCCUGGGGACAUUUGUUCCCAGCACUUCUGUUUUCUUGUUUCAUCUUUUUCUAGUAGUGUAUUUCUGGCCUCACAUUCUCAUCUGUUCCAUUGAUAUUUUAGGGGGUUGAUGAAGGGGAUGCAAAUUCCUGGUUUCAGUACUUCACUUAUGCGCAGGCAUGUGGAAACGGAGAGAUGGUUUUGGGGGGGGGGGGGGGUUCUCGUGUUACUAUUUUUUGGUCAUAAAGAGAUGAUGUGGAUGGAGGAAGUGGAAUUAUUACUCCUCUUAUCUCACUGGAUUGGGAUUUCCCAAUUUGCAGUAAGUCCUGAAGGGAGAGGAGGGGGGACAAGCCCAUUACCAUGGUGUACAACUCGUCAGAUUUAACAAAGUGCCUUACAUAUGAUUUAAUGCCUUUCAUAUUUCCUGUGAAUUCUGACACGGCUUUAUCAGCAUUCUACAAAACUGCGGCGACCUCUGUAAAGCAAAGUAUGCCAGAUUGUAUGAUUGUUAAUCGAAAUUUGUAGAGAAUAAUGAACUCACCCCAUUUACUACUAAUACAACUUGUCCCGCCUAGCUUGCUUUGCUUAACAGGUAUUUCCAUGUUUUUAACUUUGGCUUCACUUUGGAGUCCCGUUUUGGAAAAGACAUCUUGGAUUGGGGCAAAAUGUGUCAGUCACUGUGUAGGUUUGAUUACUAGAGCAGUGUUUACAAGUAAUGAAGUGUGUGCUUGAAAAGAAAUUGUACUUGGUGAACUGAAAUCCAGGUGAACGGUGAACAUUGGAUUGAAAUAGCCGUCUGGUCACAACACCUCAUAGCAACACUGCAAAUGAAUGGUAGUGUUGGAAAAUAAUUUGCUCAAAUUUUAAUUUUGCCAGUCAUGCCAUUGUUGUUACUUCAAAAUUGACAGCAUUUACAUCAGCAUUGUGUGGUGACCUUCAAUAACACUCAAGAUUGUAGAGCUUUCAUUGUUGACCUGAGCGGCCAUGUUUGAAUAUGCUUAUUUCAGGGGUUUUUUUUUCCUUCUGAAUUCAUUAUACGUGCAUGGAAUUUCUACCAGCUUGCAUUGAAGAAAAGAUAAAGAAUAUUUUUGUUACUGAAUUGCAUUAGGCAGGCAUGUGUGAUCACAGGUUAUUGUUGAUGAUCCUGAUGUUUAUGAAUGUUUCUUGAAAACUGUAUUUUGUACUUGAUAAAGUUAUAAUCAGGCAAUGUUAUGGCUCAUGCAGGCACUUAAACCAUGGUAUCAUGGCACUAGGCCGAAGGGUAGAUGCUCAAAGGUUACUGAAUUUACAACAAAGACACAGACCAUGAGAAAGAACGCUUCUCUCCCCCCCCCCCCCCCCCCCUAGUACAGACAGGGACAGAAGAGGUUUAUUUUUGUACUCAAUACUUGUGAUUUGGUGCAAGAUAUGAGUAGAGAGGUCAUGACAUGGCUGUGGGCACAGAGACAUGAUACUGUACUUGCGCUUUUUGUAGCAACUUGAAAACUGUCGUCCUUGCAGCACUGAAAUCUUUAUUUGGCAAAGGGAAAGAUAACUUUGUGGCUUCUCGCUGUCGUAAGUCUUAGAUGAAAGGAAUUGCUGCUUUUCAAUUUGUUUAAAUUGCUUUUUAGCAUCUAUUGAAAGAUUUUGGCAACUGAAAUUUUGUGAAGUGUGAAAAUGACAAUGCGACAUGUUGUCCUUAUUUUAAUGCUCAUUGUUAUUUUUAGUAGUUCUAAUGGCUUUCCCUGAGUAUUAGGUUUACAUAAAGCAUUAUUUAAAUUCUUGAAUGAACAGUUUUACAUUUGUAAUUGAUUCUUUUGAAAAUAUGCCAGAUGUUAAUGGUGUUGGAAAGAUGUUUUCUAGUGACUACAAUGGCAGACCUUUGUUCAAGUACAGGUUUCUCUCUAUUAUUGCAAAAGAAUGUAGUAUCAUUAUACAGCUCAGGUGGUGAGAAAUAUUCCAGAGCUUCCUCAUGAUUUUAAUGUUUUUAUUUUUAUAGCGUAUAGAACUUGAGGCUUUACCUUUGUCUUGCAUACAGUUUGCUAGCUUUAGUUUUACAUUUUUAAAGAAAUAAGUACUGGAUGGAGAGUAGAGGAAGUCCUCUUAUUUUAUAUAUGCCGGUUUGUUUUCUAUGAUCGCUUAACUUUUCAUACUUUUAUAGGAAAUUUAUGACUAUAGGUCAGUUGUUUUGUUUGUUUGGGGUUGUUUUUUGUUUGUUUUUUUGCUUCACUUCAUUAUCAGUAUAUGGAAGUACUUUGUCCUAGCACCUUUGUGUUUUGGGUUUUUUCUGCACCUCUUACCUUGUAGGCAUUCAUGCCAUGAUGGCUUUGUACACUGGUAUAUAUGGACCAGCCAUGGCAAUAAGCACAGUGAAAAAAAUUAGGUGUCUGUGGACAACUUGCCUUCCUUUGUCUAUCCUGAGAUUGUGAUGAAAGUGUCCAUUUUGUUUGUUGAACUUCGUUUUGGGGACCACACAUGAGUGUCAUACACAGCAUUACAAAUUCCAUUUGUUCAUAAAUUUAUGAUCACAGUGUUUAAAAAAGGAUUGUUCCCUUGUUGUGAGCAGGGAGGCUUAAAUUGAAGCCAGUUUAAGAAGAAUAAUUGAACCUUUAUAUCCCAAUAUAAUGAUUUCGUUUGUCUAUGCAGAAGUGUCCAUGUCUUGUCUGGAGACGUUAAGAGAUAAGGAUAAUGGCUUUUGAGUGUGUUUUUGCUCUAUGGUUUUGUACAAUGAACAGAUAACUUUUGUGCAUUCAUGAUGGUGUUUGCUAAUGUGCUGGAUAUGUGGACUGUCGGCGUCUGGUGUGCAAGUAAUUUUUAAAAUAUAAACUAAAGCUACGGUUGUAUAUUGUUGCUCUAAUUUAACACUAUGUCAAAAUGUGAGGUCUUCAGGAGAAGCAAAUAAACAUUAAUUUUGCUCCAAGUCUUUGCAGUAAUACAAGACUUAGUCGUCUAAAUUUACUAUUUUUAAGAAGAGGAAUGAGUCAAAGAUAAAUUGAUUGGCCUCAUGAAACUUAACAUACUUGAUUUCCAUUUUUUAAACGGAAUGUUGACGUACUAUAGUGUUGUAUGACAGUCUCAGUAUAUUCUUGAGGCCCCCCGUACUAAAUGGUUGAUGCUUUCUACAAAAGCAAAUUAAGGAAAGGAAGUAAAUCCCUGCUUUCUAAGCCAUGGUGUGUUAGUGUAUGGCCCAGUAAGUCUGAGAUCUGUUAAAUUUUCUGAAAGAUGAAUUACAAAUGUGUGUGCUUUGAAAUAUUUUUAGGCUGAAUGGACUGUCACAAGAGUCUGGUGCAUAUUAUGCUGUGAGUGUAUGGUGUGACAUAUAUACAGUCUGUUUUAAAAGAAAAUUGGAACAUAUUUUUGCUGGUAUGCAUGAGGAUUUUUUUGUCUUUCAAAAUAGUCUUUCGGUUGUGUUCAAGCCAGUUGUACAAACAUAAAAAGAUGGGGCCCCUUAGGUGGCACUAUAGGCUGAACAUAGGACACGAAGGCAAUGUUGUAGGCUGUUCUGGAUUUCUGAAACAAAUUAACUUAAAUACUUGUCGCUGCAAGUCUUUAGUGGGAUGGUGGAGCUCUUUUGCCUGUCUGAAAGCAGGUUUUUUUUGGGGGGGGGGGGGGGUGACAAUUCCUGUGAGUUCUACCUAUCUCUUUUCAAAGGUGGGGCAUUCAUGGUAUCAGGAUGUUUCUCCUUUUUCAGAAGUAUGGAUUUUGUUUGGUCUAUGAAUAAGUAAAAUUCUUGGGAACAAAUUAUUUUAAAAUAUUUAGUUUCCGAGUAAAGAUUGUUUUGCUAGAUUCGUGACUUAUUCUGAAGAAAUAUGGUUUAACUUUAAAAUGUCUCGAAUCAGAAGUUCCUUCCUUUAGGGUGGAUUGCGGUGUGUUUUUUAUUUUCUCUCUUCGACAUAUUGAAUAGAUACGUGCAGAGGGUAUACAAGCAGCAAUUGAUUUGAAUAAACUUUGAUCACAGCAUUGGUAAUGGUCAGGGAUGGACUUGUUUGACCAUGAAAUGAGUAAGCCACUUCUUGUAUUCAUGUUUUAUUAUUGGCUUUGGAGUCUUAUCAAGAAUACUCUCUUCCUUACUUUGAAAAAGCAAUUGAAAAUGCUGGGUCACUGUAAUGUAGCUGACUUGUACUCUUGCCAAAUAAUAAACAUGUACUGUUCGCUUACAAGGGAUGCAGAUCAAUAGGUUAGUUUUUAUUACAUAUGGUUUAUUAGUCAAACACAGGAAGUAUUUUAUGUAAUGAAGUAUAUGGUGUUUUAUUUAUUAAUUGGUUGAAUAAAUUGAUAAUAAAAAUGAA